GGCUUUUAAGUAGCAAAGCUCCCUGCUCUCAGCAAGCCCAACACCAUGGGGAAGGGAGACACCUUGGAAGCACGAUCCACUUCAGCCUACCGCUCUGUCAUGGAGGAAUAUGGUUACGAAGUGGGCAAAGUCAUUGGCAAUGGCUCCUAUGGGACGGUGUAUGAGGCUUACUACACAAAGCAGAAAGUCAUGGUGGCUGUCAAGAUCAUCUCAAAGAAGAAGGCCUCUGAGGACUAUCUUAACAAGUUCUUGCCCCGUGAGAUACAGGUAAUGAAGGUCCUGCGGCACAAGUAUCUCAUCAACUUCUAUCAGGCCAUCGAGACCACAUCCCGAGUGUACAUCAUUCUGGAGCUGGUUCAGGGUGGUGACGUCCUUGAGUGGAUCCAGCACUAUGGGGCCUGCUCUGAGCCCCUUGCUGGCAAGUGGUUCUCCCAGAUGACCCUGGGCAUCGCCUACCUGCACAGCAAGGGCAUCGUGCACCGCCCUCUCCUGACCCCUAGCCUUUCUGCUGCUGGUAGGGACUUAAAGUUGGAGAACCUGUUGCUGGACAAGAGGGAGAACGUGAAGAUAUCGGACUUUGGCUUCGCCAAGAUGGUGCCUUCUAACCAGUCUGUGCGGAGUAGCCCUUCUUACCGCCAAGUGAACUGCUUUAGCCACCUCAGCCAGACCUACUGUGGCAGCUUUGCUUAUGCCUGCCCGGAGAUCUUGCUAGGCCUGCCCUACAACCCUUUCCUGUCUGACACCUGGAGCAUGGGCGUCAUCCUCUACACGCUAGUGGUUGCCCGUCUGCCCUUCGAUGACACCAAUCUCAAGAAACUGCUGAGAGAGACUCAGAAGGAGGUCACUUUUCCACCUAACUAUGCCAUCUCCCAGGAGUGCAAGAACCUGGUCCUCCAGACGCUACGCCAAGCCACCAAGCGUGCCACCAUCCUGGACAUCAUCAAGGAUCCCUGGGUGCUCAAGUUCCAGCCUGAGCAACCCACCCAUGAGAUCAGGCAGCUUGAGGCCAUGUGCCAGCCCCCCAGCACCACUAAUCGUCACCAAUCCUUGGAAAUCAGUACCUGAAAGUGGCGGAAG